AUGGUUGCCCGGCAGCGUGUGAUGGGGAGGUACGUCUGGUGGUUCUGUCUAGGAACGUUGGUCGUCAACCUGAGUCCGAGCUGCUCUGCCGUCAUCCUGGAGUCCAUCUAUUGGAAUUCUUCAAAUCCCAAGUUCUCUCCUGGACAGGGGCUGGUCCUGUUCCCUCAGAUAGGGGAUAAAAUGGACAUCGUGUGUCCCCGGGUGAGGCCAGGGGUGGUGGAGAACAAGGACCCGGAGUACUACCGUGUGUACCUGGUGACCCGGGAACAACUCCACAGCUGUAGCAUCGGCCAAUCAGACACCCCGUUACUCAACUGUGACAAGCCAGACAGAGACGUGAAGUUCACCUUCAAGUUCCAGGAGUUCAGCCCUAAUCUCUGGGGCCUGGAGUUCCUCAAGGGAAGGGAAUAUUAUAUUACCUCGACCUCCACCAGCUCUCUACAGGGCCUGGACAACACUGAUGGAGGAGUGUGUAGAGCCACAUCCAUGAAGCUGGUACUGAGAGUAGGACAGAAGAGAAUGAGAGUUUCUGCCAAACUGUUUAUCACCUGUGUAUGA